AUGGGUCAACUCACCCAUCUCCCGACCGAGAUCAUACUCCACAUUAUCUCUUUUCUACAGUCCUACGACGACAUUGCGGCGUUGGCUGCACAGUCUUCCCAUCUCUACCAGGCGUGUGAUAUGAGGGCCCGUGAGAGGUUCCGCCAGAUCCGCAUUACAAACAAUGCCAAGCAUCUUGAGAGCGCCUUCGCGGCCCUGAUGGACAUCCUGAAACAGCCAUAUCUAGGCCGCUAUGUGCGUCAUAUUGAGUACUGGGAGCCUGUGACGAUGACCUACCGGCACCCACCCUCCUGUGAGUUCGAUGCGUCAGCACCAGCUGAGGAAGACAUGGAAAUGAUCCGAGCAGCAAUCUACAGAGCAGGAUUUCCUGACCGUGGGAUUGAACCCCUGAUUACGAUAGUUAAGCAGAUAUCCGGUGUCACCCAUCGCAGGGAAAAAGAGGAGUUUCAUUCAGUCAGUUAUCCAGCCAAUCAUCCAGCCAGGCUUUUUCGUUGCCACGAGCCCCUUCUCGCGCAGGUUCUGACAGCACUUCUUAUCUCCGUGGCACCGGAAGUAGAAUCCAUGGCCCUCUCCCAGCCCUUUCCCAGCCAGAUUGUCGUGCCCUGGCAAACAGACCCCAUCAACCACAAGCGUAUAAGGCUCCCUUUGCAUUGGCUUCUGCACCAAAUCAACAACAGGGACACGUUCCCGGGUGCCCGAGGGCCGAAGCUCCUGAGAAAGCUUCGCGACGUAUACUUGAUCGACGAGACGUGCGACACAUCCUGGAUAGAAGAUGAAGCCAUUCUUAUGACGGACGUCUUUGACUUCCUAAAUCUCUUUCGCCGUCUUCCAUCGAUUGAGUCGAUUGGCAUGGAUGGGCUGAGAACAAAUGUCGUCGGUAAGCACGGGGUCCCCUUUGCCUCGUCCAAUAUUACCCGUAUCCGGAUCGAGCACUCGACGGUCGACAGCAUGGACUUGGCAAGAAUUAUCUGUCUUUGCAAGCAGCUCCGAGAGUUUGGAUGCUCCAUCGGGGCCGAGUUAGUCGGUCGCGACCUUAGAGGUACAUGGACCGCAUUUCGAAUCGUCUUCCAAGCGCUUUUGGUCCACCGUACAACCUUGGAGCUUCUACAUAUAGAUGCCGCAUACAUAGAUCUUAAUACAGAUACGGUAGAACGGGUUCUUCUUGGCCUAAGUGAGGAUUUCGAAAAACGCGGACAAAUGGGAGCAAUCCGAAUUGCGCAUGAGAUGGCUUUGAUCGAUAGGCAAGUGAAGCUGCCGGUCUGGAUUUGGGACCAAGCCGGUUCUUUGGCCGACUUCUCCGCCUUGAAGCACUUGGAUCUGGAGAUUCAGUACCUGUUGUACAUGGCGAGGGGGGUGAGGACCGCGAGAGACGAUGAAUACCAGCUCGCUGAUCGGUUGCCGCCCAAGUUGGAGCAUCUCCUGAUCAACGCAUAUGAGAAAAACCAGAACGAGAAUUUCGACAAGCAGGUGGACUCCUUGAGAUCAUUGGAGAGAGAGCAGCAUCUCAGCAGCCUGAAGACUAUUCUGGGAAUCGAUCCCACAAUCCCGGUGGUCCCGCCAUGGGAAGAAGGGCCUGGGUUAAGUGCACAUGUGCGUCGGUUGAUCGAGGACGUUUCGGAUCGGAAGAAGAGCAAGUGA